AUGAGCUCCCCCUCUGCUCCCUCUGCUCUCCCCACUCUUACUUCCCCCGCUCCCCCUGCUCCCCCUGCUUCACCCUAUUCCUCCCCUUUCCUUUUGCUCAUCCUGUUCCCCCUGUUCGUACCUUGCCCUUCUGCUCCUUCUGUUCCCCAUGCUCUUCCUACUUACCUACUCCCCCUACUUCCCCCUACUCCUCCUACUCCCCCUUCUUCUCCUUACUCCCCCUACUUCCCCUACUCCUCCAGCUCACACCUCCAUUUUACUCCCUCACUCUCCUUGUUCUCUUUGCCUCCUCUACUCCCCCUGUUUCCCCCUACUCUCCCUACUCCUACCUCCACUCCACUCUCCCACUUCCCCUGCUCCUUUUUCUUCCCCUACUUCACUUGCUAUCCCCUUUCCCUCUUCUCCUCCUUACACUCCACUCCAUUGCUCCAAUUUUUCUCGUAUGCUUCCUAA